AUGCCAUUCGCCCAACUCUCCCUCUCAUUCGUUGUUGGCCUGCUGCAGCUUCCAAGAUAUUUCGCCGAGGCCGUGCCUAUCGCGCAGUGCAGUGCCGUGCAGUGCCGUGCCGUACUUCCAGAGGACAUCACCCUGCAGGAAUUCCACGAUGCCCUCGCAAGAUAUGACCAGUUCAUCGCGGCCCUAUCUGUCUCCAAAGCCAAACCUGGCCAGAAGACUCUUGCAGAGCUAGAUCGAUAUCGUUACGUGGAGGCCCCUGCCAUGUUCGCCCCCACGAAAUCCAGCUGUACUAUGCAGCUAGGGAAUGUCAAAACUUUAGUCGAAUGGAAGCUCAAGCAUGGAAAGUUCCGGCCAACUCUCAUGAAACUCGUGUCCUCAAACGAGGAGUCGUUCGUCAAGGAUACCGCAACGAGUGCCCUGGACCUAUACAGCAAGGAAGCCGACGCAUCCGCAGCUAUUGAUGUGCUCACAAGACUGAAAGGCAUUGGUCCAGCCACCGCGUCUCUGCUGUUGGCUGUCCACGACCCCCAGAACGUCAUCUUCUUCGCGGACGAGGCCUUCUACUGGCUGUGCAACAAUGGGAAGAGAGGGCCCAUCAAGUACAAUGCCAAGGAGUAUAAAGAGCUUAACGAAAAUUCACAGAAGCUUGCCAAACGGCUCAGCGUCAAAGCAGUAGACGUGGAGCGAGUUGCUUACGUUCUCAUCAAUGAUGCCCCAUCAAGAACGCCACCCAAGCAACCGGCAGAUACCCCGAAGGACACAGCGGCGGCCGCCAAAACGACCUCGUCUGUGGCCACCAAGAGGAAGCAGGAGGGUGUCAUUGAAGCAUCUUCUGCAUCUCGUCGAUCAAAGCGGAGCAAGCGGACCUGA